AUGUUCACGAAGGCCGCCCGCCGUCUAAUCAACUCUAAUCACUAUUCGACGGCAUCGAAUAGAUUCCGGGUUGUCGAAGUCGGCCCAAGAGACGGUUUGCAGGUUGCCGCUGCCCGCGGGCCCGUUAAAAUUGAUUUUUAGGCAGAGAAAAAAUUUGUGCCCACCGAAAUUAAGGUGGAGUUGAUCGAUCGGCUGUCCGCGUGCGGUUUCUCGACCGUCGAGACGACUAGUUUUGUCUCUCCCAAAUGGGUUCCUCAAAUGGCCGAUCAUAAGGAUAUUGUGGCCCGACACAAGCGAUUCAAAGGUGUAUCCUACCCGGUUUUGGUGCCAAACGCGGCUGGACUCAAAAAUGCGGUUUGUUUUUAAUGAUUUUUUAUUGAAAACUGGUCAUUUUUUGUUUUCCAGCUUUCAACAGGAGUUGUCGAAGAAAUCGCAGUGUUCGGAGCUGCCUCCGAUGCGUUUUCGCUCAAAAACGUCAACUCGAAUGUGGAAGAUUCGCUGAAAAAACUAGAAGAAGUGACUAAAAUCGCCUUGGAGAAUGGAAUUCGAGUGCGUGGAUAUGUUUCCGUCGUCGUCGGAUGUCCCUAUUCUGGCCCUGUAAAUCCUGAAAACGUGGCAAAGGUGGCAGAGCGGCUUUUGGCCGCCGGAUGCUAUGAAAUCUCCCUGGGUGACACAAUUGGAGUGGGCCAAGUGUCCACCGUCUCCAAAAUGCUCGAUGCCGUACUCCGGGCGGUCCCUGCCGAAAAACUUGCCGUCCAUUUUCAUGACACCUACGGCCAGGCCCUCGCAAACAUGCUCGUCUCGAUCGAAAAAGGCAUUCGGGCGGCCGAUUCGAGUCUCGCCGGCCUCGGAGGGUGUCCAUACGCGAAGGGGGCCACCGGCAACCUGGCCACCGAGGACUUGCUCUAUUUCUUGAAGGGCAACGGAUUUGACACGGGCGUAGAUCUCGGAAUGGUCGUAGAGACCGCUCGUUGGUUCAAUUCUGCCGCUGGAUACGACAAAUGGUCGAGAGUCGGAGCGGCGAUGGCUUCGAAAAUCCAGAAGUGCUAA